AUGGUCCUAUUAGCGAGCCGCUUGGACGCCGGCGGUAGCAUCCUGGUCGUUGUAGCGGCAGCUCUAGUGGUUGCAUUUUGGCACACGUCCGCGGUGGUGAGUGGAGAUUACCCGCGUGACGUCGAGUUGAUUGAACCAGUUACAGAAGCAGCAGGAACAACAACAACAACAAUGGCAACGACGACGACCAUGACGAAGAAGCAUCGGCGAGGCAGCUACAACAAUGCAUUCCGCCACUCGGUAAGCUACUAUCCAAGCUACGUGAAAGGUGAAGACCCGGUCGAGGAGUAUAAUCGCCGGAGGUUGCAUGUGGACACGUCCGACUAUGUGAAGAGCGCUGAGCUAGCGUUUUCCGAUGACGAAAGAAGGAAGUUGUUGGAGGAAAGUUUACACUCGAUUCGCCUAAAGUAUGCCAAACAAAGUGAUGGAAACGAAAACAAGAAAAAAGAUAAGAUGGUUACGAGUGGGAAGAGUUCUAAAAAAUCUAAGAAGCGACGAAAAGUUAGGGAUCCUAUUAAAAGAAGGUGGAGUGGUGAAUCGGUUGGGGUUGCUAACGGAAGUGACUUGCAUGCGCUGGCGGCAAUGGCUUAUCCGAAGCGAUAUGAAGAAUCCGAUCCUGAUGUGUUUUCUUACGAACGGUCAACGGACGACAAUCGAAGGGAGGGUGGUAGUUUGCCCAAGGACACGAAAUAUUUUCAGGACACCUACUGCGAACAAAAAUCGCCCCUGGAAUUGGAAUUUGGCCACCUAUACGAGACUCACGAUGGCUGGGAGGAAAGAUACGAAAGGCAGGACCACAAGAAACACAGACAUCAGGGAAAAGUAAAAUGGGCCGAUAAGAACGGAGGCUUCGGUGAGCACUACUGGGACUUCAACCACGUCUGA